UCAUUCUUCAUGCAUGUAGUUUUUCUCACCUUCCUCUUCCCUCCCUUUGUACUCUUUUCCUGAAGCUUCAUGCAAUGGAGCUUCCUUUUGGAAAGAAGAGUACUACCCACCUCCAAAACAUCCCUUUGAUAGCUCUACUACUAACCCUAAUCUUAAUGAUUUUUGCAAUCACACCCCUCUGUUACCCUUUUAUUAGCCCUUCAUUUCUAUGGAAGUGGUUUUCUCCAUCUCCAUCACCUUCUACUUCUUUCGAUGGCGGUGAUGGAAUGAUGAAUGUGGUGUUAGAGAAGAAAUGUGAUAUUUUCAAUGGGGAAUGGGUCCCGAAUCCUGAUGCGCCUUAUUACACGAACACGACAUGUUGGGCCAUCCAUGAUCAUCAAAAUUGCAUGAAGUAUGGACGGCCGGAUAGUGAUUUCAUGAAGUGGAAGUGGAAGCCGGACGGCUGCGAAUUGCCGGUAUUCGACCCGGUGAAAUUCUUGGAGCUUCUUAGAGGGAAGUCAUUGGCUUUUGUUGGUGAUUCUGUGGGAAGAAACCAAAUGCAGUCCUUGAUUUGCCUCUUAUCAAGGGUGGAAUAUCCCAUAGAUAUUUCUUACACUCCUGAUGACAAAUCCAGACGCUGGCUGUACACAGUAUACAACUUCACUGUUGCAAACUACUGGUCACCAUUCCUAGUAAGAUCAAAGGAAGCUGACCCCAUAGGGCCCACCCUCACAGGCCUCUUCAACCUCUACCUCGAUGAAUUCGAUGAGGAUUGGACUACCCAGAUUGACGAGUUCGACUACGUGAUCAUCUCCGCAGGACAUUGGUUCCCUCGGCCAUCCAUGUUCUAUGAGAAGGGCCACAUCGUUGGUUGCCACUACUGCUUGAAAACGAACGUCACCGAUCUAACCAUGUACUACAGUUACCGAAUGGCCUUUCGGACUGCAUUCCGUGCGAUUAACAGUAUAGAAAACUUCAAAGGCACGACAUUCUUGAGGACAUUCGCGCCUUCGCACUUUGAGAACGGAUUAUGGAAUCAAGGAGGGAAUUGUGUGAGGAAAAGACCUUACAUGAGCAAUGAAACAACGUUAGAGGGGAGUAAUCUAGAGUUUUACAUGACCCAAGUAGAGGAAUUUCGGACUGCGAAAGAAGAAGGGAAGAAGAGAGGAAUGAAGUUUCGGUUGCUUGAUACUACACAGGCAACAUUGUUGAGACCUGAUGGGCACCCUAGUCGAUAUGGACACUGGCCACAAGAGAAUGUGACAAUGCACAAUGAUUGUAUACAUUGGUGCUUGCCGGGCCCCAUUGACACAUGGAAUGAUUUCUUGCUUGAGAUGUUAAAGAUGGAAGAUGGAGAAUUGUCUGAUGGGAAGUUCUACAAAAGUGAUAGGAAGUUGAUAGCUAGAUAGCAUGUUUCACAGUUUGUAGUUUUUGUUUCUUUCUGUGUCCAUUUGAUUGGCUCUGGACCCACACAAAUCAUGCACAACCACAUCAAUUCAUUGGUGGGUCCCAUGAUUUGGGCCACUGAUAAGGGCAGAGUACAGGGAUUAGGUUCCUAUUUGAUUUCUUGGCUUUGUGAAGAAUUGCUUUUUUGGGCAUUUUCUUUAAAUGUUGUAAGUGGGUAUUGGAUAACUCAGUAUUCAAAGCCUGCGAAAAAACUGAAGGUGUUUGGUGUAAAUGAAGUAAUAAGAGGUUGUGCUGAAAUGUGGGAGAAAUGCUCAUGUAAACAAAAUUUAUAAAUGAUUUGUAUCUAAUGCUAGAGAUGAUCACAUCUUUAUAAUCUCCACAAUA